AUGAGUUCAACGAAUAAAACACCCGACGCAUCAGCAACUCUUAUACCGAGCACUGCCAAAUGCAAUCGUGCACAAAAAUGGGUUUGCUCUUGUUGUCAAAAGGGACUCAGACCACUGCUCAAAGAGUUCGGUACUAUCAGAAAAUUUUUACCUAAAACAAUCUCAACGGAUCAUUUCAGUAAAAAUUCUAAUAAAAAUCGGUUAGUGGAUAUCAGCUUCAUAGGAUAUUCAUAUAUUUUGUAUAUGGAUGUAUUGUGCUUGGAUGAAACACGUGUUAUAUUACAAGGGAGAUCAAAAGAAAACGAUUACAUUCAUGCUAAUUGGGUUAUAUUACCGUCAUCACGUAAAUAUAUUUGCACGCAAGGACCGCUUGAAGAGACUGCUGAAGAUUUUUGGCUAAUGGUUUUUAAGGAGAAUGUUACAGCGAUAAUAAUGUUAUGUGAUAUAUGUGAAAAUGGAGAACCGAAGUGUGCAGAGUAUUAUCCGAGUUCAGUUGGUAAAACGUUGACAUUUGGUGAUAUCAAAAUUAAAAAUAUACAAAAAGAAAAACCAGUCGAUACAAUUAUUUGUUAUACGUUUUCUGUUGAAAUGAGUAAUGAAACGCAUAAAUUAACUCAUUACAAAUGGGGUGACUGGCCCGAUCGUGUGGCACCAGCAACAGCCGUGCCAAUAGUCGAAUUAAUCUUACGAUUAAAGUCAAAGCAACCAACUGGUCCUUAUGUGGUUCAUUGUUCUGCGGGAAUCGGUCGUACAGGAACGUACUGCGCGAUUGAAUAUGCUAUCGACAAAAUUACAAUGGAAGGGAAUUUAUCGAUUGUGGAUGUAAUAAAAGAAAUUCGACGACAGCGUUUGCAUUCGGUGCAAACUACACUGCAAUAUUUAUAUUUGCAUGUCACUCUGAUAGAAUAUUUAGCAACGACAAAAGUUAUACAACGAGAUGCGAAUACCAAAAAAUUUCAACGUGAUUACGAGAAGUAUUUAAAAAAAUACAAUGAAAAAAAUGCGCACUGA